CGCAUGGACUAUUUUCUUUGAGCACUAGAUUCGUUGACGGGACAUUUACCGACAAACUUAGCAUUGCCCGACAUAUUUCGGAGACGGCUCUGCAGGAAAAUGGAGGCUGGUCUGACCCACUGGGUGGACAUAUUGGUGGUGGUGCUGUACUUUGGUUUUGUUCUUUUAGUUGGAAUAUGGUCCAUUUGGCGCAAGGAGCGGACCACUACACAAGGUUACUUUCUGGCGGGAAGGGCAAUGUUAUGGUUUCCUAUAGGUGCUUCGCUGUUCUCCAGUAAUAUCGGCAGUGAACAUUUCAUUGGAUUGGCAGGUAGCGGAGCGGCCAGUGGCAUUGCUGUCGUGGCCUUUGAGUGGGGAUCAGCUGUUUGCCUCCUACUGCUUGGAUGGGUCUUCCUCCCAGUUUACCUUACUUCCGGUAUUUUUACCAUUCCUGAGUAUCUGAACAAAAGAUUUGGAGGUACCAGACUUAGGACCUAUCUCAGCCUGCUGCUACAGUUUCUGAACAUAAUAACCAAAAUAUCGGUAGACGUGUACGCCGGGUCAGUAUUUGUUCAACAAGCCUUGGGAUGGAAUACCUACAUCUCCAUAGCAGCCAUUCUUGUGGUCACCGCUGUGUAUACAGUCAUAGGGGGUUUGGCGGCUGUCAUCUUUACAGACACUCUUCAGACCAUCAUCAUGCUAAUUGGCUCCACUACAUUGUCGGUUUUGGCUUUUGUGAAGGUUGGAGGGAUCCAAGGACUGAUGGUAAAGUAUUUUGAGGCCAUUCCUUCGCAUGCACUACCUAAUGACAUCCUGUUGGCGAAUUCCACUAACAGCAGUGUGCUAUACAACAUCACCUCCAGCAUGUUUAACGUCACAAAGAGCACGUGCGGACUGCCUCGUUCUGAUGCAUUCCACAUUUUACGAGACCCAAUCAACUCGGAUCUCCCGUGGCCCGGGAUCUUAAUCAGGUCAACGUUUGUGUCAGUCUGGUAUUGGUGCGCUGAUCAGGUGAUCGUACAGAGGACCUUGGCCGCUAAAAGCAUUGCACACGCCCGUGCAGCGACGAUCCUAGCUGGUUACUUGAAAUUCCUGCCUUUGUUUCUGAUUAUUAUGCCCGGCAUGAUCAGCAGAGUGCUUUAUUCAGAAACUGUUGCCUGCGCGGACCCCGAGACGUGUUUAAGGGUGUGUGAUAACGCCGCCGGAUGUUCCAAUGUGGCGUACCCACAGCUCAUUCUGGGGUUGGCGCCAAUCGGCAUGCGUGGUCUAAUGGUAGCUGUGAUGAUGGCGGCAGUAAUGAGUUCUUUGACGUCCAUCUUUAACAGCGCUUCUACUCUCUUCACCAUGGAUAUAUGGAAACGGAUAAGGAAACAGUCGACAGAGAGGGAAUUACUUAUUGUGGGCAAAGUUUUCGUGGUCAUUUUGGUCGGGAUCAGUAUUCUGUGGAUUCCCCUGAUUAAGGCCGCCCAGCAGGGACAGCUUUUCCUGUACAUACAGGCUCUGACCGGCUACGUCUCACCCCCUAUCUGUUCUCUAUUCCUACUGGCCGUCUUUGUCCCAAGGGUCAACGAACAGGGCGCCUUUUGGGGGCUACUGAUUGGUCACUUGGUAGGACUAACAAGAAUGGUUUUGGAUUUUGUGUACCCGUCCCCUGGGUGCGGUAAGGAAGACGAUCGCCCAGGAGUGGUCAAAUAUAUACAUUUUACCUACUUCUCCGCCAUCCUUCUAGUUCUAGCUGCUGUCAUUAUUCUGUUGGUCAGUUUUGUUACUGAGGCUCAAGACAGGAGGAAACUCAAAGGAUUGACAUUUUGGACUUCAGAGCGAAUAGGCCCCAGACCAAAGUGUGAAGAAGGAAAAUCAACCAAUGAAAAAUUGAUGCUGGGAGUUGACCCUGAUAUUGAAACUACAGUCACAGUGAUUAGCAAGUUUGACGUCAGAAGGAAGCUCGAAGGAGACAAGGACAUUGAGGUCGACACGGCCAUCAGACCGAAUAAACUCUACAUGGACAGGAGCACUAACCUGUUUCUAAAUAUAAAUGCCGGUGUUCUAAUAGGCGCUUUUGUAUUCCUGUACUGUUUGUUUGGAUAAAUUUUUAUAUAAUUGUU